CGAUCAUUGAUUGCUAAUCUGUUUUCCAUUGGAAUAAUUCAGACUUAUUCAGUAUUAGAAGAAUAAUUCACAUUUGGACAAUUAUUCAUCUAUUAAUUUCAUUACUGCAUAUAGUUAUCUUUUGUUUGUCUUAGAGGCCUUAAAAGGCGAAUUACGGCCGGUGUUUAGAAAUAAUUGUGUACUGAAAAAUAACACUGAACAAAGGGCAUAGUUCAAAGUGUAGUAGAAAGUAGUUAUGGAUACAUCCGAUAGCAAUGCAAACGAUAAUGAAACAAUACAGCAAAGUCCGAGUUCAGAGGAUGGUACCAGCUCCAAUGACCCCGGAAAAAUGUUUAUCGGUGGUCUUAGUUGGCAAACAACAGCUGAAGGAUUGCGAGAUUAUUUCGGUAAAUUUGGUGAAGUAAAUGAAUGUAUGGUAAUGAGGGAUCCAGCAACCAAAAGGGCCAGAGGUUUCGGAUUUAUAACAUUUACCGAUCCGGCAAGUGUCGAUAAAGUAUUAGCUCAAGAGCUGCAUGAACUUGAUGGCAAGAAAAUUGACCCAAAAGUCGCAUUUCCUAAGAAAGCACAAUCGAAGAUGAUAAUUAAAACGAAGAAAGUGUUUAUUGGUGGCUUAUCAGCAACUUCAACUCUGGAAGAUAUGAAAAAUUAUUUUGAACAAUAUGGAAAGGUUGAAGAUGCGAUGUUGAUGUUUGAUAAGACAACUCAACGUCAUCGAGGAUUUGGUUUUAUAACAUUUGAUAAUGAUGAUGUUAGUGAUAAGGUGUGUGAAAUUCAUUUCCAUGAAAUUAACGGUAAAAUGGUGGAAUGCAAGAAAGCUCAACCAAAAGAAGUGAUGCUACCUGUUCAGCUAAAUAAGAGUAGAGCAGCUGCAGCUCGUAGUUUAUAUGGUCUUGGACCGGAACAGUUACUUGCCUAUGCUUCUUGUUUGCCCCGACUUGGUACAUAUGGUACAAGCAUGUUUUAUAGCGGUGGAAUUUUCAACGGGUUUCAAUCAUACGCUCCGCUUGCACCCACAUCACCACCUGGUAGCGUUACAAACGGUGCUGCAGCUGCUGUAGCAGCUAGUGCCGCUGGCGUAACACGUGGGUUAAAUUUAGCCGCAGCUCAAGCAGCUGCGGCUCAACAGGCGGUCGCAUUUGAGGCGGCAGCACUGUACGCCAUCGGUGGUGAACCAUUUGCGGGCAUAUAUCCGGCUGCUAUACACCAUCAAACACCUCAACUACCCCAUGCUUUCCACAAGGUCUAAAGACUUUCCGGCGCUAACUCUCCAUAUGGGAAUGAAAGUAACAACAAUAGAAGAAGUAAAC